GUGACUCCUUGCUGUCGACGCAUAGUCUUCGCUGAGUUCACAGCAAGAACAUUCAACAUGAAGCUGAUCUCGAUGGCUCUGGCCCUGGUGGUGGCCCUGGCAUGCCUGGUGAGCUGGACCAGCGCCAUGCCUCAGCCUGACCCCGUAGCUGACCCUGACCCCGCGGCUGACCCUGGCUUCCGUCGCUUCGGUGGAUUGGGAUAUGGUGGAUACGGCUACGGAGGUCGUGGAUUCGGACACGGGGGCUACGGCUACGGAGGAUACCACCGAAGCUAUUACGGAUAAGGAUAUCCUACUUACCGCUCUUGAAGAGAACAUCCAAAGCAACAUCACGAAAUGUCUACUUCCUAUUUUCCCUCUUAAAUAAAGUUCAUGAAUCAAU